AUGACUCAAGAUCACCAAAUUAUAACAAAUAGAGAUCUUGUGCCUCACAGCUUACUGAGCAACUUGUUUCCUCAUUUGUUAUAUAUCGAUCCCCUGGAGCCCAAUUAUGAACACUAUUGCCGUGUCAUUCAAGACAAUGGUGGGCAAAUAACUGCUGACCAUAACAAUACAUCUGCACACCACUUGAGUAGUACCCCUUGGCCUGACAGACCAACAUACCUGCUCUUGUAUGUGGACCACUCAAUUAGAAAUAAUACGCAACAAAUUUUGGAAAGGUAUAGAUUUCUGCUGAGUAAAAGACGUAAUUCAUCAUAUGACGAGGAAGGAUUACACGCGAUUGAUGUUUCAAACUCGUCCUCUUCAACUGAGCCCGGAGUCAAGAGGCCACGGGACAAACUGACAAAGAAUACCACAAAAUUCACACCAGAGGCGGAUGCCUACAUUUUGGAACAAGUAAGAAUGAGACCAAGACUAAGGACGUCACAUAAGUUUUUUGAGGAGUUGGCAAAGCAUGACACCUUGAAAGGGCAUACCGGAAAUUCUGUGAGAAGUAGAUACCGGGCUCACUUGGAGCAUAAACUCCAAUAUGUGUUCAAGACAGACAAUUAUGACAAUUUGAUUCUCGAUGAAAAUGGCCAGAAGAUUGCAGUUGAGGUUUCCCAGGCAAAGACGAUGAAAAAUAAGUUUACUGCCGAAGACGACUUUCACUUAUGUGAAGAUGUGAUCACACACGUAGCAGGGAUUCAAAACAACCAUGCAGCCAACGGCACUCUUGACGAAGACAAGUUUAGUGUACUGAUAGCAUUUUUUGAUGAGUAUGCAAGACGAUUCCCGCAGCACUCAUCAUCUAGUUGGAGAGACAGAUACAGAAAGUUUGCCAGACCGCAUGGUUUGCAAAGAUAUCGGGAUGAGUACAUCCGGGAUUUGAAUACUAAGGAAGGCCCAAAGCCAAUGAAAAAUAUGACAUCGCGCAAGGACCGCGAUAAGAGCCAAAACAAGAAUGGACACCAUUCUACACAAUUGUCGCAUUUAGACCAUCACAUUGAUUCUGAAAUGGGCAUGACAUCGCGAGAAACAGAUGCUUUGGAUGAGGAAAUUGGAGCCGUAAAAAACUCAAACAUCGACAGCAUGCUUCGCUCGAUUGAUGCCGGAGAUAUGAGUGCUAUUCACCCAGAUCUCACAAGUGGGGGCGUUGAUGCUGACGUCGAGGCUAUCGACUUGAGUUUGAGACAGUCUAUGUCUCAAGAAUACUCACGUGGCUACCAAUAUAUGCCAAGUAAUGUCACCCUCAAUGACUUAUUUUCUGACCAAUUUUACAGGCAAAAGUCAGAGCAAAUAAUGACCAAAUUGAAGGAAUGCUUAACAGGACAUGGAACAAUGACUUUGGAGAAAAUCUCGGAAACACUCCAAAGCUUUGGUUUCACUAAGAAAUUUGUGGGUCACGUUUUUCGUGUCACAAGUGGAUCUGCAUUGCCUAUGAUAAGAUACUUUGGGCAAGUAUUGACGUUGCUAGAGAAUGAAAAGACCAAUGACAUGCAAGAAAUACUUUACCUUCACGAUGGAGUAGGGUUUUGGACACCUGAAGCAGAUGAAGCAUUGAUGCGAGGUGAAAUGGAAAGCCUUAGGCAUAUGAAGGAAGCAGACAUUAAUCAGCGCCGCGUGUUCUUGGGUCUCGAAGAUUGA